AUGGCCGCGCAGUUUUGCCCGACUUGUGCCAACUUGCUCGUGAUCGAAAUCGGACGAGGUUCCAGCGCUGCGUUCCGGUGCAGGACAUGCCCGUAUGUGUACAAGAUUCGGGAGAAGCUUUCAAAUAAGCAGGUUGUCAUCAGAAAGGAAGUUGAUGAUGUGCUGGGCGGCAGUGAGGCUUGGAAAGACGUCGAACAGUGCGACGCACAUUGUCCAAAGUGUGCCCAUUCAAGAGCAUACUUCCGACAAAUGCAAACUCGUUCUGCAGACGAGCCCAUGACGACAUUUUACAGGUGCACUCAGUGUGGGCACAACUGGAAGGAGGAUUGA